UUUUUCUUUCUUUAAUUCCUUCACAUUCUCUGUGAUUCUACUAUUUCAUCUCGAAGCUCUUCUCAUAUUCACAAUGUUUAUACAUUUGUUCAUUUUUUUAUUCCUCUGAGAAUAUAACCAAACUUUUGUCUUUCAUAGCUAAGAAUUCUUUGUCAUUAUCCCCAAGACUCGAGCUUUUCAUAUGAGUCUUGGGUUAUUUUGUUUUGGAUAAUAUAUAAUCUUUAAAUUCAUUUUUGGGUUUUUAAGAAUUUUUUUUAUAGUUUUUUUUUUUAUUUUCUUGAGGCGUAGUUAUGGAAGCUGAACAAGUUUUAACAUUCUCUCUUGCUUCUGUGAUCGAAGAUGUUCUUCAACAACAUAGUGGUCGGUUGGGCGUUAAUUUGGCAUCAAGAAAAACUGAAGAAGAUUCCUUAAGAAGGUAUGAAGCAGCACGUUGGCUGCGAAAGACAGUUGGAGUUGUUAGAGGGAAAGACUUGCCAGCUGAGCCUUCUGAAGAAGAUUUCAGAAUUGGAUUACGUAGUGGGAUUAUCCUUUGUACUGUUCUUAACAAAGUUCAACCUAGAGCAGUGCCCAAGGUAAUUGAAGGCCCGUGUGAUUCUGUUAUUAUUCCUGAUGGAGCAGCAUUGUCUACGUAUGAAUAUUUUGAAAAUGUAAGGAGUUUUCUAAAGGUUGUAGAGGAAAUGGGGAUUCCUACUUUUGAAGCUUUUGAUUUGGAACAGGGAGGAAAGUCUUCUAGGAUAGUGAAUUGUGUUUUAGCGCUCAAGUCUUAUGCGGAAUGGAAAUUCGGAGGAGGAAUUGGGUCGUGGAAAUAUAGUGGGGUUGCUAAUGCAAAGCCUCCUAUCUCUGGGAAACCACUUUUGAGGGAGAACUCAGAACCAUUGAUGAAGCCUUUGAGGACUGUGUCAUCAGGGGACAUAGAUGGUUAUAUGAGUGAUCCCGGACUCGAUCGAAAUGAAAAGGGUCCCUUUUCUUCCUUAAAUUCACUUGUUUGUGAAUAUUUGGCCGACAAGAAGCCAGAAGAAGUUCCCAUUGCAGUGGAAUCCCUGCUUAGCAAAGUCAUCGAGGAAUUUAAACAUCACACCCGAAUUCAACAUGAAAUGUGUAAAACAACCCAGGAAGAUAAGACGACAUUUGAAACAGAAUGUUCAAAUUCAAAAGUUGCUUCUGAAACAGAUUGUUCAUUUUCAGAAGAUGUUUUUAUUAAUGAAAGGAUGGAAGAAAAGGAGGAUGACCAAGACGUACAAGAUAAACAAGAGGAAAGUUAUGAAGAAAAGUAUAAUCAAUUUGAACUUGAAGACUCAAGUAGACAAAAUUUGAUUUUGAAACAGCAAAAUAAUCAAUUUGAACUUGAAGACUCAAGUAGACAAAAUUUGAUUUUGAAACAGCAAAAUAUAGUCGAACAACAAAAUAGAAUCACCUCGGAAUUGAAAAACAUCGUCCAUCAAACAAAGUUAGGAAUGCAAUCCAUGCAAAAUGAACAUCGAAAGGAGAUCAUUUAUCUAAGUAAGCAUAUGCAUAGCCUAGCUUCAGCUGCUUCGGGAUAUCAAAAAGUUCUUGAAGAAAACCGUAAGCUGUACAAUCAAGUGCAAGAUUUGAAAGGAAAUAUUAGGGUGUACUGUAGAGUUCGACCCUUCUUGGGUGGUCAACCAAGCCACUAUAGCUCUGUCAGUAACGUGGAAGAGGGAAGUAUUUCAAUCAUAACACCUUCCAAAUACGGCAAAGAAGGGAAAAAGACAUUUAAUUUCAAUAGAGCCUUUGGUCCUUCUGCAACCCAAGGGGAGGUCUUCUCAGACACGCAACCUCUAAUUCGUUCUGUUUUGGAUGGUUACAAUGUUUGUAUAUUUGCCUAUGGCCAAACGGGAUCAGGAAAAACAUUCACUAUGUCUGGACCAGAUGACCUUAACGAGGAAACCAUAGGUGUCAACUAUCGUGCACUGGAAGAUCUAUUCUAUCUCUCAGAGCUGAGGAAAGACACCAUUGCUUAUGAAAUUUCUGUUCAGAUGCUUGAGAUUUACAAUGAGCAAGUUAGGGAUCUACUAACAACAGAUGGUGCUAACAAAAGGUUAGAUAUUCGUAACAGUUCCCAUAAUGGCAUCAAUGUGCCGGAUGCCAACCUUGUUCCAGUUUCAUGCACUUCUGAUGUCAUUAAUUUAAUGAACUUGGGGCAUAAGAACCGAGCUGUUGGUUCUACUGCCAUGAAUGAUCGUAGUAGUCGCUCUCACAGUUGUCUAACUGUUCAUGUUCAAGGAAAGAACCUGACAUCAGGAAGUACUAUUCGUGGUAGUAUGCAUCUGGUUGACCUGGCAGGAAGUGAAAGAGCUGAUAAGACUGAGGCCACGGGUGAUAGACUUAAGGAGGCUCAACAUAUCAACAAGUCACUUUCUGCCUUGGGAGAUGUCAUUUCUUCCCUUGCCCAAAAGAAUGCACAUGUUCCUUACAGGAAUAGCAAACUUACUCAACUACUUCAGGAUUCUCUGGGAGGGCAAGCAAAGACUCUCAUGUUUGUUCAUAUAAGUCCAGAGCCUGAAGCUCUUGGAGAAACACUUAGCACUCUAAAGUUUGCUGAACGAGUCUCUACCGUUGAACUUGGAGCCGCACGCGUUAAUAAAGAUAAUUCGGAUGUGAAAGAGCUUAAAGAGCAGAUUGCUAGUUUGAAGGCAGCUUUAGCAAGAAAGGAGGGAGAAGCUGAAAAUUCUCAACAAUCUAUCAAUAGUAGUAGCAAUGAAAUACCCAAGUUGAAAUCAUAUGCAUCCUCUCCUAUACAACGUAGUUGGACAUCUGGACCUCGUAAGUUGCCAAAAGAUGAUUCCAGUAGCCCGGAGGGUCUGAAAAACACCGCAUCAACCUUGAAGAGACGAAGCCUAGAUCUCCAUGACAUGCGCAGGGAUUCAUCUCCGUGGCCAAAUGUUAGUAGAGGUCUUGGAAAGGAAGAUGACAAAGAAUCAAUUUCUGGGGAUUCGGUUGAUAAGAUUUUCAUGAACAGGAAUGACAGCAUGACUAGUGAAGAUGGUCUCAUGGGGCCAUGGGAAGCAGAAAGCAAACAAUCUUCUCCAAUGUUAAGUCCCACUUAUCUCACAGAGCCUUCUAAAAUAUGCAUGGACCAACAACCUUUGCAUAAAAAGGAUAACAAAGACGAUGAAGAUUUACCUAAGCAAGGGCUUGAUACGGCCACCACAGAGGAAUUGGAUGGGAACGAGACUGAAACUAGUGAAUCUUCAGAACUGGACUUGCAUUGGCCAUCACAUAUACCUAAACCAAUCAUCGGUUCAAGCGGAUUAGGCAUUAGAGCAAAGAAAUCAUCAAAUAUAAGACCAUCACUAAAGAACCCGCCAGAAGUCAGGAGUAUGAUCCCAUCAUUUAUUCCUGUGCCAACACCAAAAAAACCCACCCCAAUUACUCAAGCAAGAAAGCCUCCAGGCUCUAAUGAUAUAAGGAGAAGGAUUACCAAGUGAGAGCUCUUCCAAGGUUUUCUUCAUUUUCUUGCUUCACAACAUUUAACAUAUUUAUCGGCUAGAUCAGCAUUCAAGGUGUACUUGGCAUUGAUUUGUUUCUUUAAAUAUUUAUGACAUCAAAUUUAUCUUUUAGAGAAUAAGAAAGACACUAAAUUGAUUUAAGUUAUUGUCGUCGAGUAUGACAGAGAAACCAGUUUAAUGUCGUUACUCUUUAUUUCACUAAGUUUGAUGUAAGUGUAUAUCUGGAGGAUUAAGUAAUAACUUUUCUUUUGUCCCCUUUUG